CGCCAGUCUUUUCCGUUCCCCUUUAAUUGUUCCUCCGAUUGUUUUUUCUUUUCUUUUUGCUUUAAAGUUAAAGAGAAAGAAAAAGUAGGAAAUAAAGGACUCUGUUUUCUCGCAUGAUGACUCGAUCAAGAAAUUGCUGUAGAUAAUUUCCCUCUGCUUUUCUUCGUCUCUAGCAUUUGACGAUUUAUAGGCAAAACAAAUCUUAAUAGCCCAUCCUCUCUCUCUCUCUCUCUCUCUCUCGUUCGGCUAAUUUCGCUCUAUAUAAUUUCAGAGAUACAGAUGAUGGGAGAAUUACUGAAGGUGUUGUAUAUAGUGGUAGUCGAGGAAGGUGAGAAGCAGGAGACGUCGUCGUUCCGAUACACGCGCUCCGUCCUUCAAAGCACUCUCCAACUCAUGGGCUGCAAAGCUCGUCAUGCCUUCAAGAUUAGCAAGAGGGUUUUUGAAUUGAUAAAAAGUGAGAUAUGCAAUAAUGAUGGUUUGAAAGGUAACUCUGAAAAGAAAGAUGUCUGUCCUACCUUUGAUGACGUUUGUAGAGCGGAGGAAGGCAGCUAUUUAGCUUCUAACAGCAACGGUAGAAAUAAGCAUAUACCAUUUGAGCUGUACAAAAGACGUACAUCGAUAAUUGUUAAAAGAGAAACUUUCUUAGAUGUUGUCUGUGAUGCUCUGGCUGAAUAUAAGUAUGUUGGUCCAAACCAGAGGGCUGACCUGGUUUUGGCAUGCAGAAUCCGAGAGAGGAAGGAAUCUGUUACUGUGUUGUUGUGUGGCACUAGUGGUUGUGGCAAAUCUACUUUGUCUGCUUUGCUGGGUAGCAGGUUGGGAAUUACAACUGUGAUUUCAACUGACUCUAUUCGCCACAUGAUGAGGAGUUUCGUAGAUGAGAAGGAAAAUCCUUUACUCUGGUCUUCAACCUACCAUGCUGGGGAGUGUUUGGAUCCUGUGGCAGUUGCAGAAGCUAAGGCUAAAAAAAGAGCAAAAAAGUUGGCUGGCAAUUCUCAGUCACCUUCUCAGAGUGAGCUAGCUGAUUGUUCUUCAGGUGGAAAAUCUGAUGCCCGACCAGUGGAGGGUAGUUCUACUAGUACUGAAUUGAUUGGCCACAGACAUAUGGCAGUUGAAGGAUUCAAGGCCCAAAGUGAAAUGGUUAUUGACAGUCUAGACAGACUAAUUACUGCAUGGGAAGAGAGGAAAGAGUCUGUAGUAGUCGAGGGUGUUCACUUAAGCCUUAAUUUUGUUAUGGGGCUUAUGAAGAAACACCCCUCAAUCAUACCAUUCAUGAUAUACAUUACAAAUGAAGACAAACACUUGGAAAGAUUUGCAGUUCGUGCAAAGUACAUGACAUUGGAUCCUGCUAAAAAUAAAUAUGUGAAGUAUAUAAGGAAUAUCAGGACGAUACAAGAUUAUCUAUGUAAUCGUGCUGACAAGCAUUACGUCCCCAAAAUAAACAACACAAAUGUUGACAAAAGUGUGGCGGCCAUACAUGCAACAGUUUUCAGUUGCCUCCGUAGGCUUGAAGCUGGGGAGAAACUCUAUGAUCCUAUAACAAAUACUGUUGUUGUUGUUGAUGAGGAAUACUGGAAUCAGUGUGCUGCCAAUUCACUCAGUUCCAAGGGUAUGUUUCAGUUGAUCCAGAGGAAUGGUUCUUCUAGGCGACUAAUGGCUCUUCUUAACAUCGAUGGAUCUGUGGCAAAGGCUUGGUCAGUUGAAUCCCUUGAUAGUAAUGGGGUUCCCUUGUAUGGACCGUUAACAAUUGGCAAGGCCGAACCUGUUAAUCUUCAAUUUGGUCACUAUGGAAUUAGUGCCUGGCCUAGUGAUAGUGGAACAAGUCAUGCUGGAAGUGUAGAUGAGUCAAGAUUUGAUGGGACUGAUAAUGGAAGUAGAUACCAAUCUUCGUGCUGCAGCUCACCGAGGAUGUCUAAUUGUCCUUCAAAGGAGUUAAAGGAGGAAAGUUCGGUGUAUGGCAGCGAUGAAGAAGUUGACGAUCCACCUGAGGUGGACAGUGAUGAGGAUUUUAGUGAUGAAGGUGACAAACAGCUCCAUGAAGAGGUAGGUUCUGUUGAUGAAGGCUCAACAAAGUCAGAUGAAGAGUAUGAUGACCUGGCAAUGCAGGACGUGCAGGAGAAUGGCAACUGCUCAGAUGAUGAAGAAUUCCCUCGUGAUAUAGUAAUGCCAUUUUCUGGGGACCAAGCAAUCCACACUGGAGGGGAUCAAUAUAACAAGAAUUUGGACCUCUUCCUUGAAAGUGGAGCAAAGCAGUUUUCUGAGCCACUCUGCUAUUUCCCUGCGGUGCUUAUGGAGAAGAAUGACAUGGGAUUGUCACCUUUAGGCAACGUACAAACGAUGAAACACUCCCUCAGCAUUCCAAGGUCGCUAAGCAAUUUUGUUCAUGUACCAUUUCGUGGCUUGUAAUCACUAAUUUAAGUACCAAAUCUUUCCAGCCA